UUUACCAUCCUCCAAAGAGCUUCACGGCGUUUACUUUGGCGGUGACUCCGUUUGUGCCUAUUCAACUUAUUAGUUGUUGCCGGCGGCAGGUGUCUGAGGUGGAAAAUGACAAAGGCGGCGAGACUUUGGGAAGUGAAAUUUGCUCAAGCUAUAUCGCGACGGCCACUAUGGCGGUCAAUAUGUUCAUGACGACCACUUGGGCGGUGAGCAAACUGAGUUUACCAUCCUCCAAAGAGCUUCACGGCGUUUACUUUGGCGGUGACUCCGUUUGUGCCUAUUCAACUUACUAG